AUGGCUAUAGGACAAUUUUUUUGGAACGAGCACAUACCAUUUGUGAAAGCUCAUUUUCACCAUUUCAAGGAGAUGGUGCAGCAGAUUGCAAGGCAUGGAAUUCCCUACGAUCUUCCAACAGAGACAGCAUUGCGAGAGCAAUUGUUGCAAGUGGAGAAAGCCAAUCUUAAAGUUCAACUUGCCAAGGUGAAGGCAUGUUGGAAGAAUUGUGGGGUUACUCUUGUUGCUGAUGCAUGGAAUGACACAAGAAAUCGACAUAUCAUGGGGCUUGUUGCAUACAGCAGAGGACAGUCGACUUUUCUCGAGGCCAUUGAUAUAUCUUCUAGUGGGAAGACGGCUGAUAACGUUUUUGCGACAUGGGAGCGAGGUAUCGAGAUUGUUGGAGAGGAGAAUGUUGUUCUUAUUUUCACGGAUGGUGAGGCUUCAAACAAGGCUGCUGCUAGGCUUCUAGAGGCGAGGAAGCCAAGGAUUAUGUGGGCUCCAUGCUUAGCUCAUUGUUUGAACAACAUUCUCAAGGAUUUCACAAAACUACCAUGGAUGGUUGGGCUGCUAAACAAGGGAAAGACUCUGGUUGGCUUCCUCCGGAACCAUUUGCAUCUAGUAGCGAUUUUGGCAUCCUUCUCUUCACGACGAGUGUUGAAGUUCAGCGAAACACGAUUCGCCUUCAACUUUCUUAUGAUGGAGAGAUUGGUGGAGCUGAGGCCAAAGCUACAACAAAUGUUUGUGAGUGACACUUACAAUGCAAGGCUAGAGUCAAGGACAGAUUCUGGGAUAGCAUACUGA